UGUAGAGGCACGACUAUUUCAUUAUCCAUUGAGAAAACAAUAUGGGAAUAUGGGUAGAAAAGGCUAUUUACUACUUUUUGACAAGGAGUAUAUCUUAACUGAUAGGCGACCUAAUAGAACAGUCACAAAAUAUAGCAGUUACCAAACAGAACAGUUGGAGUGUCCUUAUGCAACUUGA